AUGUCUGCCCAAGGAAUUUCCCGUGUCCUCGUCACCGGAUCAACCGGGUUUAUCGGCGCGCAUGUUGUCGAUAAUCUCCUAGCGCGGGGCUACUCAGUCCGCGGCUCAACCAGAUCAGCAAAGAAAGGCGAACAAAUGAAAGCUGCCCGACCGCAAUAUAAAUCCAAGCUGGAAUUCGUCGUCAUCGAAGACUUCACCAAGAUUGGAGUCUUUGACUCAGUGAUGGACGGAAUCGACGCCGUGAUUCAUGUCGCAAGUCCAUUUUUCUAUGAUACAACAAAUAACGAGCAAGAACUCAUCAUCCCCGCUAUCAACGGCGUCAAGUCCAUUCUCUCCGCCUCAGCUAAACCUGGAAGCAAAGUCCAGCGCAUGGUCUUAACGUCCUCCUUCGCUUCCGUUGUCGAUGUCAACAGUACCCCUCCUCCUGGCUUCACAUACACUGCCUCCGACUGGAACCCCUUGACAUACGAAGCGGCCGCUGACCCCAAGUCAACAUCGGUGGAGGCAUACCGUGGAUCGAAGAAGUACGCCGAGCUCGCAGCCUGGGACUUUAUCAAGGACGAAAAGCCACAAUUUGACCUUGUCACCCUUUGCCCACCCAUGGUCUUCGGUCCGGUCGUUCACCCUGUUCCCGAUAUCAAGUCGAUGAACGAGUCCAACUCUGUCUUGUGGAGUGUGGCUGAUGGCGUUGAUCCUCUUCCUGGUGUGCGGGUGCCAGCAUGGAUCGAUGCUAGAGAUCUUGCGGAGGUCCAUGUUCAGGCCCUUUUGAAGCCAGAGGCGGGUGGAAAGCGCUUUCUGGCUGCUUCUCCUGAGCCGUUCUCUUACGAAUAUGCUGCUGAUAUUAUGAAAGAAAAAUUUGAUUGGGCUAAAGAUUCUGUGUCAUCUAAUUAUGUCGCUGGACAGAACCCUAGUGCUUCUUAUGGUGUUGAUGGGCAGACGGCGGCCCGUGAACUAGGUGUCACUUAUCGCAGUUUUAAGGAUACGGUGGUGGAUUUUGUGAAACAAGUCAAAGAAACUAUUCUUUGA